UCGGAUCAUAAAUAGUUCGUGAUACAAAACAAUAGACCAGGUAGUUUAAUCGGAAGGAGUGUAAACAAAGUUGAGUUUUGAACCGUCAGAUAGUUACGUUGCUGUUAAUUGUAACUGAAAGGAUUAGUAUCAUGAUGAAGUACAAAUUCUUGACUAUAAUAUGCUCGUUUCUUCUAAUGUGCCAUCUAGUAGCUGCUCGGCAAAAGGUGAUCUUGUUACUAGCUGAUGGUCUGAGAUGGGACCGUUUUUCAGAGGACCUCCCGAGUCUGAUGAGGGUUGAAGAAAAUGGCGUCAGGGCUGAGUGGAUGGAUGGUGUGUUUGUCACACUCUCUUGCCCUUCAAUGUACUCAAUCGCAACAGGUCUCUACCCUGAGAACCACGGCGCCAUUCACAACCUCUAUUUCGACCCAGUUACCAGAGAACGCACGUAUAACUACUACGCUACUCUCGACAAGGCCGAGUGGUUUGAUACCGGGGCCGAACCGGUCUGGGUGACCGCUAUCAUGCAAGGUCUAAAUGCAGCUACUAUCAUGUACCCUGGUGGACAGGUUCCAAUUAAAGGUAUCAAACCAAACAAAACAAUUAUAUCAACUGCAGAAAAUAUCAGGAAUUACAAGAUGAAAGACAGGGUAGAUACCACCAUUUCGUGGCUUCAGGAUGACGACAUUGAUAUAGCCUUCAUAUACUUCGAUAACCCCGAUGCAUAUUAUCAUGUCUAUGGUAUCGGCUCUGUAAAUGGAACAGCUAAACUGUAUGAGGUUGAUGCUAAUAUCGGCUACCUGUUUGAUCGCCUAGCUGAGACAGGUCUCGAUCAGAACACCAAUGUCAUCAUCGCCAGCGACCACGGCCACGUAAACGUUGAGACUGAGGACUACAUCAUCCUCAGUGAUUACGUGGACAUCGAAGCCGACGUUGAUUUCCUGAUCGCCGACUACGGCCCCAUGUUCCAGUUGGUUCCAAAGAAUACAACAGAUGACAAAGUUUACAACGCACUCAAGAACGCUCAUCCAUCUUUGCACGUGUACAAGCGAGAGGAUAUGCCAGAAAGACUUCACUACCGAGAUAAUCUCCGUAUAUUACCUAUCGUAGGAUUCGUUGAUCCAGGCUGGCAUAUGCACUCCAGGAGAGGACUGCACCCACUGGCAGACGUGGCCUCCGACCAUGGGUAUGACAAUAAAUGGAAGGACAUGAAGUCAUCCUUCUACGCCCAGGGACCCUACUUUAAGAAAAAUUAUCGUGCCCUUGCACUUGAAUCUGUUGAUUUAUACAAUCUCAUGUGUGAGAUUCUCGACAUCGAACCAGCACCAAACAACGGAUCACGUGACCGCUACGUCGAUAUGUUAGAUUCGUCGACCUCGAAGCUGACGUCAGCGUCUUUGAUGACCGUCAUCCUGUUCAUGCUUAGUACUAUCAUACUGUCUUUUAACUAGACUUUUAACAACAUGUGUAGGGGCGUACUUAGACCAUGUAGAGGGGUUGGAAUAAAUUUUCCUAUGAACAUAAAAAUAGCAUCUUUUUGCAAUAUACCGCUAAUGUUCUAAAAGUCCCAAAUUUACAGAUUAAAAAAAAAAUGAAUUGGGGUUCCAACAUCCUCCCCCCGAUUCACACACACACACACACACACACAUUCCCCUCAUUCGACACUUCUUAGUAUUUGCAACUUAUUGCAUCCGUUUAUCACGUUUAUACCGACAAUAUACUACAUGCACGUACAGAGUGACUAAUAACUUACAGGUUUCAAAUUGUAAAGGAUGAGUACAAAAGCAAUUUAUUGCAAUAUAAGAGUACGUCCAUAUUCUCUCUCAUUUUCCAUACUCUAAUUUCAGUUUCUGACGAUACUUUGGACUUUAAAACAAGCUGCAGGGCAAAUAGA